CAAACCAGGAAACAGUUGGUUAAUCUUCAUCGCUAAAGACGAUCAGAUUCAGCUUCAGACCAAACUCUGAGUGAGUCCAGCUGCAGGAGAGAAAAGUGGAGAAGUACAACACUGCUGCUUCACCCUGCUGACAGUCCACACUCUGAAGCUUCAGUCAGAGACUAAAUGGCUUCCAGAUCAGAGGAGGAUCUCAGCUGUCCGGUCUGUCGUGACGUCUUUAGAGAUCCUGUUGUUCUGUCAUGCAGCCACAGCUUCUGUAAAGACUGUCUGAAGACCUGGUGGAGACAGAAAGUAACUCGUGAGUGCCCCGUUUGCAAGAGAAGAUCUUCAAGGGAGCAACCCCCUUUGAACCUGGUGUUGAAGAACCUGUGUGAGACCUUCUUACAGGAGAGAGAUCAGAGAGCUUCAGAGGCGAUCUGCACUCUGCACUCUGAGAGACUCAGACUCUUCUGUCUGGACCAUCAGCAGCCGGUUUGUCUCGUCUGCAGAGAUUCAGAAAAACACACCGGCCACAGAUUCAGACCCGUCGAUGAAGCUGCACGACAACACAAGAAGAAACUUCAGGAAACUCUGCAGCCCUUAAAGGAGAAGUUAAAGGUUUGUGAACAAGUUAAAGUGAAGUUUGAUCAAACAGCAAAACACAUCAAGGUCCAGGCAGAACACACAGAGAGGCAGAUUAAGGAGCAGUUUAAGAAGCUUCACCAGUUUCUAGAAGAGGAAGAGGAGGCCAGAGUGGCUGCACUGAGGGAGGAAGAGCAGCAGAAGAGUCAGAUGAUGAAGCAGAAGAUGGAGGAUCUGAGCAGAGAGAUAGCAGCUCUUUCAGACACAGUCAGAGCCACAGAGGAGGACCUGAGAGCCGAAGACGUCUCAUUCCUGCAGAACUACAAGGGUGCAGUGGAAAGAGUCCAGCAGCGCCCCCUGCUGGAUGAUCCACAGCUGCCCUCAGGAGCUCUGAUAGACCAGGCCAAACACCUGGGCAACCUGACCUUCAACAUCUGGAACAAGAUGAAGGAGAUGGUCUCAUACACUCAUUUGAUGCUGGACCCAAACACUGCUCAUCCAGAACUCAUCCUGUCUGAAGAUCUGACCAGUGUGAGACAAGGAGAGGAACAGCAGCUUCCUGACAAUCCAGAGAGGUUUGAUUCUUCAUGGUCUGUCCUGGGCUCUGAGGGCUUUAACUCAGGGACUCACAGCUGGGAUGUGGAGGUUGGAGACAAUCCAUGUUGGUGUCUGGGUGUGUUAGAAGAGUCUGUCCAGAGGAAGAGAUUCAUAAAGUCUGGAUUAUGGGGAAUAUGGUUAUACAGAGGUCAGUACUCAGCAUGCUCAAGAUUAGAUGAACUCACUGUUCUCCAAGUGCAGAAGAAGCUCCAGAGGAUCAGAGUGAAUCUGGACUGGGACAGAGGAAAGCUGUCGUUCUCUGAUCCUGAUACUAACACACACAUACACACCUUCACACACACUUUCACUGAGAAGAUGUUUCCAUACAUUAACACUGUGGAUAAACUCCCAUUGAAGAUGUUACCACUGAAGGUGUGUGUGACGGUGGAACCCAGCAGUUAGACAGGAUCAGCUAUUUUUAUUUUUAUUUUUAUUUUCCUUUCGUUGUCAUUUUGUUUGACAAUUAGAUUUUUAAUUCCACUGUCGAUCUUUUCAUGCAGAAAAUUAUUUCACUUUAUUUCUGAUCUUUUUUUAUUAAAGCGUUGUCCUUUUAAAUUGUUCUUUUUUUUAUUAUUUUGACUUGAGACAUGAAGGUCAGUGAAUCAAGCUGACUGCACAGCUUCCGAUAGCAACCUCCAAAAUCUCCAACAGCUCAGUCUGAGUCGACGGCUGUAACAGAUCUCCAGCUGACCUGUUGUGUUGUGGUCAUGGUUGUGCUUCAGAUGCUUCAUACUCUGUCUUCUAUUAGCUGAAUCAAACUGCUCUGUCAGCUGAAAACCCAUUAAAAAGAAUUACUAAACAAAAUGUGACUGUGCCAGCUUUGCUGACAGCGGCAAACACUUUCUUUGAUUGGAAGUGGACUUGCUUGAUGUGUGUUCACUGUCUCCUUUUGUAUUUGAAUAAAAGCAUCUACAUUUUGC